CUGGUCCUCUUAUGCAAUUGCCUGCAGCAAUAGCAGUAGUGAUCCCACUACUCGUGACAUCUCUGCAGUGCUACGUGGGAAGUGAAGGGGAUAAUCUCACAAAGGAAGAGGGUUUUGUAUGUGCAUAUGAAACAAAGAAGCCGUGCAAAUUUGAAGUUUAUGGCGUUGAAAAAAGAAAUUUCCGCACAGCUUCCUUCAUAUCAACGGAGCAGCUUUUGAAAUGCGAUAAUCGCAACCAUAGAGCCAUAUGUUAUUGCAACUCGGAUUUGUGCAACGGAAGCUUCAAAUCUAUGCUGGAAAAAUGGAAGAGGACGUAUCAUCCUAUAAGAGCAGAGUAUGAUUGUGUCAUAAAGCAUCUAAAGCAAAAAGAAGAUUUGCCUCUCUCAAACAAAGCGUCAUCCGUCGCAGAAGAACUUCGAACGGGUUCAUUACGAGUAGGCAGAGGUGCGCCAAAACAAAUCAAAGUUGUUGCAAAAAGAUUAUCUUCUGGAGAGGCCGAAGAGCCGCAAAAAGUGCGAUGCUAUGUCGGUUUUGAAGACGCUGGAUUAGAGGGGCUCCGCAAGCAAGAGAUUACAAAAAAUCAAAUGUGUGCAUAUGAGACCAAGCAGCCAUGCCUUUUCGCAGUCAAUACCAUCAGAAAUUCGCUAAAUUUUCGAGUGGUUCCGCUUCGUUUACAGCAUUUAAAAGAGUGCUACUCCAAGGAUCAUAGGGCAAUCUGUUUUUGCCGAUCAGAUUUGUGCAAUGGCAGUUUUCGGUAUUUAAAGUCUAUUUGGGAAAAGACCAGCCAUACAAGCCAAAUGGAGCAUCGAUGUGUAUCAGAACAUCUUGGAAGUAAAAAAGACCUGCCACAUGCAGCCAUCAAAAUUGAAGAAACCUUGAAGCAAGACUAUACGACACAAGAGCCAGAGCCAUGGGAAGUUGAAGAACAUCGAUCAACUAGAGCGAUAUCGACAACGGUUAGGCAAUCAAUAGAAGAAGAAACCGAAGCUCCAACAUCGAGGGUUCUACUAGCAACAACAGAAAAAUCUUCACCAAAUGAGGAGGAAGUUUUGCCUACUACCGAAGCAGCUACGACAAAAUUAGUGUCAACGCCCGAAGUCACUGCAUCACGGAUGGCGUAUGAGGAUGUUACGCAAAAAGAGCUGCUUUCGACAACAGGAAUGCAGAUAACGGCCAUGGAAGUUCAACGAGAAAAUUUUCAAAGCACACUUGGGGAAGUUACACUCACUAUCCCAGAAAAGUCUACAGCGGCACGCGAAAGUACAUCCGAAUAUCUCACAACGGAAAUAAUUACAACAACAUCUACAACGACGGAAACACUAACGAGAUUCACGGAAACUGCAAGCAUAAUUGCAACAACUGAAGAAGAUUUACGUUCUACAACGCAGGAGCCUGAACCGGGAGAUGAGCCAGACACUCCAAAACUCACGGCUGUUGCACCGGAGCCAGUAAUACAAGUAACAGUCGAAGCUGGGAUGUUGGUGUUUGAGAAAGAUCGUCCUCGCAAGUCAACAAAAAGGCGAUAUAACUGGACCAUUUUCAUAAUUUUGUCAGUUAUUGCUGGAAUAUUAGUAUUCGUAGCAAUUCCAGCUAUUCUUAUACUGACAGCGAUGAAAUACAAGCAAGCAAAAAAAGAGGAAAGGACGAAGAGCUCCAAUGGGAAGAGAUACACAGCAGUUAGCAGAAGCGAAGCCGGUACCACACCUGCUAAUUUUUGA